GAAGACACAAUUAUCUCACGUGUCCGCACUUAGAGAACAAUCGAAAUGACCCCACUUUGCCGUGUCUUCGACAUGACGAGGAAAAAGCGAAAAAAUAAUAUUAUUUCAGAUAGCAUCUCUGAGUCACGGGUUCUAAUUUAAAUGGUCAUACAGAGGCUCGAUAAUGGCAGACGAUGCCGAAGUGACAUUCGAGACAUAAUAAUACCUGGAAUUACCUGCGGUUUGGGAGCUUUUUGUCUUUUAGAGAGAACUCCGUCGACUCAGCCUCAUUGCAUUGUUGAUCUGUCUAGUGGUGCUUGUGGGAACAGUUGAUCAUGCCUCCGCAAAAUGCAGCGAAGUCGCUAAUGAAGGAAUUCCGAGCGAGUUUUAGAAGGAAAAAAUCGUCUGAGCCAACCCCCAAAGUAGACAAGGCCAAGGAACUGGAAGAAGAGGAGCUGGCGAAGCUCGUAGAACUGAAAGAAAAUUUAGGAGAUGAUUUACCCCCACAGUAUUCAGAUGCAGCACUACUCGGGUUCUUGAGAGCGAGGUCACUGAAUGUCAAAGAAGCAGAGAAACUUAUGAAACUUGAUGUGAAUGUGCUGCGGUUCCUAAGAAUACACGAAUACGAACUUCCCGAGGUGAGCAGGACGUACAGCAUGUCUGGCAUCCUUGGCUAUGAUAAUGAAGGUUCCUUGGUUCGAGUGGUUAAUGUGGGUGACGCAGACUUUAAAGGUUUCGUUCAUUCCCUAUCGACCAUAGACGAAUUCCGAUUCUUCAUCUGGUUCUUCCACAAAGACGCUGAGCGCUUGAGAGCUGAAAACAAAAAAACAGGACGCAAGAGCGGUCAAUUCGUGUAUAUACUCAAUUUUGAACGCAUGAGCAUCGGUCAGUUAACCUAUAAGCCAACCCUUGAUACCGGCAUCAUAGCACUGAAGUUACUACAAGAUCAUUAUCAUGAUAUCGCUAAAGCUAUUUACGUCAUCAACACUCCUCCUUUCUUCUCUUCUGUCUACAAACUUAUAAAACCAGUGAUUCAAGAUUCCCUCAACAAAAGAAUGAAGAUAUACGGAUACGAUGGAUGGAAAGAAGAGUUGUUGAAGACCAUAGACCCCGAAAUUCUUCCCGUUUACCUCGGUGGAAGUCGUGUGGGUAAAGACGACGAUCCUAACUGCUCCGACAUAAUCAGUUUUGGUGGUACCAUUCCCGAACACUUCUACUCCAACAACUUCCUGGACCUCGAAGACCCUGACGUAGUGACUGCAACCGUCGGUGCUGGAUCGACACUCAACUUCCGGUUCGCUGUUCGCGAAGUCGGAACUAUAUUUCGGUGGCACAUUCAAGCGAAGGACAAUGAUAUAGGAUUUGGUCUCAUGAGCGAAUCUCCGACAACAGGUGAAUUAGAGCCGCUGAAGGUGCAAGCGAAGAAAAAGAAGGAUAAGGACGAGGACAUCUCCAACUUUGAGUCUCUGACUCCAGUUAUUCGCAGCCAGUGCCAUGUUUGCCCGGAAGUGGGAAGCACGAUCUUAUGGACAACCGGAAAUCUGAUCUUACACUUUGACAACACCUACAGCUGGAUGACAUCAAAAGACAUCGCCUUUAAAAUCACCUUGGAGCCUCCAGGAGAAAUGGGCAGGAACUACGUCAAUGCCGCGCACCACGCCUCUAAAGCUAUUCAGGAUUUGAAGAUCUGAUCUUCUCCACUUCAGCACCCAAUGGUUCCGAUUCAUUACAUGGCACGGGUGGCACAUGACUUUUGUUUAAACAAUAUUUAUAAAUGUACGAUAUGUAUCGUGUUGUAUUUGUGAUGUCCGCGGUGAUAUCUUUUAUGUAUCGCAUCUGAAAAGUGUCAAAAUUUGAACAGACGUGUGAAGAAUUGCACUUUGUAUGGUACUUCUUACACUCUGUGUAUACGCAUCGACAUUUAAACAUGGUGAUCGAUUACAAAGCAGUCUUCAGGACAUUUUUUUUUUUUCUUUUUACACAUGUUGCGAUGAUGCGUGUUGUUAAAAAACAGGUUUCAUGCGAAGUUGCAACACUAUUGCAUCAAAAAUAAAAUAAUUAUUUCAAGAAAUUUCUUCUUUUUAACUGUUAAAAGUUGUAACCAUACAGGGUAAACAGUAUGAAAAGUUUUUUUUAAUUUAUAUUAAACUACUAUUGCAGUAUAUAGUGCAGUUGACGAAUUUAACAGUCAAAAACUUGAAAUUACAGCAUUUUUAACUAUAAAAUUGCAAGUUGCUUUUAUUUCAAAAUUAGGUAAAUAACAAUUUGAAUUUGGUAAACAGAGAAUUAUUGAAAUUUGAACCAUAACAAGAACUAAUAUUAAAUUUUAAAAAGUGAUUUAAAUGAAUUAUAGGAAAAGAACGCUCUCGAUCAGGUCACCUCUUUUAAAUAAUAAAAACAUGUCACAUGGAUCAGCUCAGUUGACACCAUACGGACCGAGGGCCGUAUGUAGGAAAAAACUGACAAAGAACACUCUCGAUGAAAUCAGCUUUCAAAUAAACAGAAAAAAAAAUUUAAUUCAUUCUUCCAUUUUGUAGCAACCAAGAGCACACAGAUAUAUAUCUACUCGUUAAACAUAUAGCCAGCUCCCCUCCCUCUUCUUGCGGAGUGAGUAAAAAACAUGACUCAUUUCAUCGUUAUUUUCAUUUAUAAAACAUUUGUAUUCACUAUCAACAUACUGUUAAAAUUUACAUAAAUGCAUGUAAAUUUCCUACCUAAAAACAAAACGUUCGAUAAAGUAUUUAAUCAAGUACUGAUAUUAUUAAGAACGUAUUAUUAGUGUACAUAGAAUGUGUUUAAAAAUGAACUUUCGAAAUAAAUAUUAUACUUUUGACUUA